AUGAUUGGCACCACCCUAUUUUUAGACAAUAAUUCAUUUGACUUGACUAUUAUUUUUAUCGUUCUAUUUUAGUUUUGUUUGUCCAAAAAAUAUCGUAAGAAAUAAUUGUUUAAAAUGGAAGCUACUGCUGAAGAAGUUCCCAAAGAAAGUUCGGAGAAUGUUUUGCCAGAGAAUAGUGUAGAAGAAAAAACACCCACUCCACCACCUCAAGAACCUACAAAGAAGUCAAAAAAAGACGACCGCUCAAAGAAAGACGACAAAAAUGUGGAGCAGUUCAUGAAGUCACUAAACUCAGUUCCUACACUAGACGAGAAGUUGUCACUAGUGUGUAAGAAAUAUGUUCAAAUGGGAGAGGACAAUAAGAAACUGCACUUUUAUAUGAAGCAGUCGGAUAAACGUUAUGCAUUGUUGGUUAAGGAGAAGGAACAGCUGCAGCAUGAGUAUAAUAAAACUGUAUUGGUUAAGUCAAAGCUUGAGAACCUUUGUAGAGAGCUGCAGAAACAGAAUAAGGCUAUCAAGGAAGAAUCUCUCCUCAAAAUUCGUGAAGAAGAAGAACGCCGCAAGGAAACCCAGGCAAAGUUCCAGAACACACUGUCGGAGAUCACGGUCCUGCUGCAGCAGAACAACGAGAAGAAUGCCAAGUUGCGUGACGACAACAUCAGCAUGACGGAGAAGUUCAAGAGUGUUGUGCAGCAGUACCAGUUGAGGGAACAACAGGUAGAGAAAAUGGCGAAACAGAUGACCUUAGAAUCUCAGCUUUCUGAUGCUAAACUCCAAAAAGCAGCCUUAGAGCACCAAGCAGAGAAAGAACGCCUCCUAUCUGACUUGGAGACCUUGAAAAUGAAUCUCGCACAGUAUAGAGCUAAGAAUAUGGAGUUGCAAGGCAAUGAGUCCGGACUAAGGAGCCAGUUGGCGGUGUAUACGGACAAGUAUGAUGAGUUCCAGAACGCUUUGGUGAAGAGUAACCAGGUGUUUGGCGGGUUUAAAGAACAGAUGGAGAAGAUGUCAAAGAAGAUCCAGAAAUUGGAAAAAGAGUCAUUAUCAUGGAAGAAACGUUGGGAGACUUCACAAACAGCUUUACUGGACAUGUGUGGAGAGAGACAGGCUAGUGAGGAGAGAGCCGCCGCGGCUGCCAGACAUUUGCAGCAGAUGCAGAGCCUCUGCAGGACCCUGCAGGCGGAGCGUACAGUGCUUCUGAACUCUCUCAAAGAGCACAACAUCGAGCGACCGCCGCUACCCACCCCGCCCCCUGCACCCGCGCCCACCGCAGCCCCCGCCCCCGCCAGCAACUCCAAUGUUGACGCAAUGGCAGCAAACUGCGUACAAUUAAGACAAAGCCUCGCACACUUACAGAGUCAAUUGAAUGUCCUAACCAAUAAGAAGGAGGAAUCUCCUAAGCCUGAAAAACAGAAGAAAUCCAAAUCCAAAAAGAACAAAUCCGACAAAAAAAUGAUACAAGAAAAGGAAGCCGAAGCAACUGUAAAAGACAGCUCAGAGGAAAGUCAACCCAAUGCUGAUGAGAAUAAAGAACAAACCGAAGUUAUCAAAGAGGAAAAAAUAGACAGCAAAACCAUGGAAUCCCUCAUACAAGCUAUCAGCAUGGCAAAUAUAAAUCUUUCUGAUCUAGGUGACACCAAUGAAAUUGAGAAUAAUGACAAACAGAACGAUGAAAAUGAGAAAAAUGACAAACUGAAUCUUGAUAUCGAGAAAAAUGAUGUAACUGAGAAAACGGAUGUGACAGAAGAAUUAACAAAAGAUUCUACAGAAAUAAACGAGACAGUAAUAAAUACCUCAACAGAUAAGGAGCUAAAACUAGAAACACUAAAAGAUGAAAAACUAGUAACGGAAUCACCAAAAGAUAUAAUCGAUGUUACAUUAAUAGAUAAUACAGUCGAAAAAGAAACGAAAGAUAAUGUAGAAACAGUUUGUAAUGUUGACAAAAGCACAGAAGUUAUAACAAAAAAUGUCGAACUUAUACUAGAAAAUAAUCUAGUUGAUCAAAUUGUGGACUCCAACACAAAAGUUGACGUAGUUAGCCCAGCUGUUGACAUCAAGACAAAAGUUAACGCAGUUAAUCCAUUUCUUAACUUCAUAACAAAAGUUGACACACUCAACUCAGUUCUUGACUCCAAAACAAAAGUUGAUGUAGCUAGCCCAGCUCUUGACAUCGAAACAAAAGUUGACGCAAUUAAUCCAAUUCUUGACUCCAUAACAAAGGUUGAAUCACUCAACAAAGUUGACGCGGCUAGUCCAGUUCUUAACAUCGAAUCAAAAGUUGACGGCGUUAGUCAAAUUGUUGAUGUUAAAUCAAAAGAUCAACCUAACCCUUUAUCAAUUGAAAACAAAGUAAAUGUAGAAGUAUUAAACAUUGACACAGGUAUUAUUUUAGAUGGCGAUAAAAAAGUUGACGAAAAACCAGUUAGUGCUGAAAAUUAAACAAUUGGUAAUUUUUCACUUAAUUUUUGAUUGUAAAUAAAAUGACAAAAUUUUUGAUAAAUUACUCGCCAUAUUUGCUCUUUGUAUCAACUGUCAUGUCAAAAAAAUAGCUUUAACCCUCAAAUUAAGGCCUAAAAUCUUACUUUUAACAUCACAGAUGACAUAGAGUAAAUAUGGAGAGUUUUUUUUUUCAAAAUUUAUACACUGUAGUUGAUUUGAAUGUCUAAAGCCGGCGCUAUACUCUUGUGGCUAACAACAGAGCAAGCAUCGGCAGACACCACAGAUGACUUGCCUGCCAAUCGGAAUGCUCCAAACCACCCAUUGU